UCAGAUUCAAGAUGGCUGCUGGGGAUAACAGCGGCAGGCCUCCCUGCCUAAAUUUAUCCGGCCCAGGGCCUUUAGGAAAUGGCCAGCCCAGCAACAGUGCUUAUUCAAUGCCUAUGUCCAACGGCGGGCCUGUUGGUGCGACCGGAGGGGCUGCAAGGCGCCCCAACCCGCAGUCGGGGCCUGGCGGAGGUGAAAGCGCCGGUGUUGUUGCUGGAACUCCACCGACUGCACAUAACGCGAUUCAGCAAGCGCUAGCUCAAAGCGCCUCGGCAAGAGCGAUGGAGACCUCCGCUACGAACAUGACGUCGAAUGCUUCGGCUGCGAGUGUACCAACGACCCAUUCCUCGUUAUUGUCAGCACCAGCGGCCGCUGCUGUUUUGGUUUACCGGGAACCCGUGUACAAUUGGCAGGCGACGAAAAGUACCGUUAAGGAACGGUUUGCUUUCCUGUUCAAUAACGAGGUUCUGAGUGACGUUCAUUUUCUGGUGGGGAAAGGUAUGGGAGUGCAGCGAAUACCCGCACACCGAUUCGUUCUUGCUGUGGGCAGCGCAGUCUUCGAUGCCAUGUUCAACGGGGGUAUGGCGACCACUUCAACAGAAAUCGAACUGCCAGAUGUCGAACCUGCAGCCUUUCUGGCAUUACUGAAGUUUCUGUACUCUGAUGAGGUUCAGAUAGGACCUGAGACAGUGAUGACCACUCUGUACACGGCUAAGAAGUAUGCAGUCCCAGCCCUGGAGGCCCACUGUGUGGAGUUCCUCAAGAAGAACCUGCGGGCAGACAAUGCUUUCAUGCUGCUCACUCAGGCUCGACUGUUCGAUGAGCCCCAGCUUGCCAGCCUGUGUCUAGAGAACAUCGAUAAGAACACUGGAGAUGCACUCGCCGCUGAGGGCUUCACGGACAUAGAUCUGGAUACAUUGGUGGCUGUGCUGGAGAGGGACACUCUAGGGGUGAGGGAGGUGCGUCUUUUUGUGGCGGCGGUGCGCUGGGCAGAGGCAGAGGCCCACCGACAGCAGCUACAGCCCACUCCAGAGAACAAACGCAGGGUCCUGGGCAAGGCCCUCGCCCUGAUCCGCUUCCCACUCAUGACUAUUGAGGAGUUCGCUGCAGGGCCGGCCCAGUCUAGUAUCCUGACAGACAGGGAGGUGGUGAGUCUGUUUCUUCACUUCACAGUGAACCCAAAGCCCCACGUAGAGUUCAUCGACCGGCCUCGCUGUUGCCUCCGGGGGAAGGAGUGCAGCAUCACACGCUUCGGACAGGUGGAGAGCCGCUGGGGCUACAGCGGAACCAGUGACCGCAUACGAUUUUCAGUGAACAGGAGGAUCUUCGUGGUGGGCUUUGGCCUCUACGGCUCCAUACACGGCCCCACAGACUACCAAGUCAACAUCCAGAUCAUUCAUACAGACAGUAACACAGUGCUGGGUCAGAACGACACAGGCUUCAGCUGCGAUGGCUCGUCCAACACCUUCAGAGUCAUGUUCAAGGAGCCGGUGGAGAUCCUGCCCAACGUCAACUACACAGCCUGCGCCACACUCAAGGGUCCUGACUCUCACUACGGGACCAAGGGCAUGCGUAAGGUGACCCACGAGUCUUCCUCAACCGGCACCAAGACCUGCUUCACCUUCUGCUACGCCGCGGGCAACAACAACGGCACCUCGGUAGAGGACGGACAGAUACCCGAGGUCAUCUUUUACACAUAGUCCCCUCUGACCUGACCGUAUGACCUCAGUGGGCUCGGGGAUCACAGGACUGCUGAGACUCUGACCCUGUUUGAAUAUGUAUCAAAUGCCUAUCUUCACCCUGUGGACCUUCCUUGGUGAUGUAAGGAGGGAGGGAGGGGGCGAGAAGGCAUUUGUCAACUAUUCAAACAUGGUAUUUUUCUUUCUCUCAACUCCCUCCUUCCAUUACCCACCGAACGUGGAGAGGAGCCUGUUUGAUGUUGAGGGGGAGUAAAUUCUGAGUCGGCUUGUUUUUACUGUUACUAUGACAGUCGUCGUGUCUGCUUCCAGAGUCCUGGGGUUAAGUCCCAGAAUGGACUGGUGGAAGAGUCUUAAACUUGUCAGAAGUAUUUACAUGGGAAAAGGAAGAAAGCUUGGCAUGCAUUUAGUACCAUGCAUUUAGUCUGCCUGUAUCCAAAAGCAUACGAAAGAUUGAGAUGUAUCCAGGGGCUCUAAUGUAUGUAUAGACUGUUACACUACCACUCAGAAGGGUUUCUUCAAAUAGGCUCCAUCUCUGAUCAGCGACCCACCAUACUUCAGACUAUUCCAGUCGCUAUUCCUUUGCUCUAGCUCUUCAGGGAGUACAAAUAUGAAUGGACUGGAUAAAUGUGUGGGAGUUUUCUACUCAGCCCAUUGAAGGGCUGGUGGGGGCAAUCACAAGCUUAUACUUUUCCUAUCUCUUCAGAUCUGUACCACGGAAGGAAAUAAGAGACUGGAAUGGGAUUGGGCCUCUUUGUCCAUUCCACACGGGAGUUGUGAUGGAAAUAACCCAGUCUCUCCCUGCUUCAAUGGGGAGUCACAGCCCAGGGCCAUGUGAC